AUUUUCACCGAGUAAUCGUCACAAGCAUGACGUCUUAUGCCGUGUUCAUACCAUUAACAUUGUUUUUGACCACUGCAGUAGGUGUGUAAUUCAUGUUUAUUUUUUUAUAUUUUUUUAAAAACUAUUAAUAUAAUUCAAAUUUACUUUUACCAAAUUGCAUGACAUUUCAGGACAGUAUUAAAAUUCUUCAAAUAAAUAUUUAGCAUCGGUAUGCUAUUUAUACGUAUGUAUUGAUAACUCCCAUGUGACUUUCAAACAGUAAAACAUAUUUUAGAUAGGAUAAGAUUCUUUUAUUGAUCCAAAUAAAUGGAAAGUUAUAGAUAUUCAGCACAUAAAUUAAACAAUAUGAAGACGAGACAUUUAUAACAAAUUAUCUCAAACAGCCAUUCAGAGAGCUCUCUUAGCCAAAUCGGGGACUUAUUAGUUCUCAUGACGAUGUGUGCCUUCAGAGGGAGCACGCCGGUAAAUUUCGUGUUCCCGAGGACAUUAUCUAAGAUCAAGUGGAAAGUAUACAAAUAAACUGUUGUUUAAUGAUUCGUUGGCAGGAGAUCGUUGGUGAAUUUAACCUUGCAUGAUAGCGAACAGCAUGUGAAGGGCUGGGAGUUCAAAUCUUUUGUCUCUGAUCGAAAUGUGUAGACUCGUGUUAUGAACGAUUACUAUCUGUCCUACUCUCUUAUCUAACCUCUUAAUCGUGUCAAGACAAAAAUCGCGACCGUCUUUUUUCCAAGAAAACAAGAGUAGGACACACCCCCCACAUUCAACCAAACAGUGUCUGGUCAAAUCAGUCUGUGAGUCAUGCAUUGAUUACAGCGUAACGAAAUGAUGUUUUGUCAAACAGUUGAGAAUCAAGUUUUAGAACCAUGUUUAUUUUAUUUUUUUUUUUGGGGGGGGGGAUUUUCAGGAAGGGUUUAGGCGAAAAGUUUUUUUUGUGUUGGAGAAAAUGAGUGUUCCCCUGGUCAUCGAAACAGCUAGAGAUUAUGUCAAUCAUGGGUCAUCCUUAACUUCGCAGUGACAUAUUAAUGGCUCCUUUAUUUUAUAACUGUUUCCACUACUAUUCCGGAUUUGUAUUUUAAUCGCAAUAUUUGUUAUAUACUGAAAAUAUUUUUUUUCCGUGACCGAGUUAUGUUUUCCAUACUUAUGUUUCGUGAAUAUUAAAAUAAGUAUUAUUUAUACCGGCAUAUAAUUAGUAAAAAUCAUAUUUAAAUGGCAAAAACAGCAUUCACAUAUUGUUAUAAAGAACAAUUAUUUUUGUUAAAAAAGCUACAGUUCUAAAAUGAUUAUAUUAAAAGCGGAUGAGUAAUUCAUUACAGAGAUACUAUGUCUGUCUCGAAAAAACAAAGACUUUAAAUAUAAUGAGAAAAAUUUUAAUAACGUGUUCUUCAUUAUACUCGAUUAUAUAAUAAUAUAAAUACUUUAUAUUUUGUUCUAUAGCUCGCAUUUACUCAAGUUAUAGCAAUGUUAAUUCGGCGUACUUUUUCAUGCUUUACGUUUCUUACACUCUGACGUAAGCCCAAAAAAUAAAUUAUCUGAUUUUGUCCGCAACUAAUUUAUUUUUUAGGCGACUUUUUCUUUUUCCUACUUGGUCUGGUAAUUGGCAUGUACCCGGCAAUAGAGACAUCCUGCGCUAAACCAUGAUAAAUCCAAAGACUUUUUUUUUUUCCUUUCCUAACAGAAUGUCAGCACACUUGCUUUUUAAAAUACCCUAACGAUAUCAACUUUAAAUGUGACGUCAAAGAACAAGAUGCCGUAAAUCUAACGUGGAGUUUAUUUGACACUGAGAGUAACAAAACUUUGAUUAUCAAUAUUUGUGAAGCGACCUUCUGUCACCCUCUCAUUCCAAAGCUGGCAGACGCCCUCUUCCUGGCCUCAGUCACAUCAGAAAAGUCUGGCUUGUACAUUCAGUCGAGCACAUUGCACGCUAACGUGAAGUAUGCUAAUCUUACUAAACUGUCCACCUUCAGACAGUUACGUUGUCAGUAUGAAGAUAAGAUAAUAACUCUCUGUGAUUCGUUUGACGUCCAUGGUAAGAGUUAGACUAAACUAUGUACAGAUGUUUCCUAUUUGGUUUAUAGAGGUUUUUUUUUUUUUCUAAUUGUUUGUUUUUUUUGUUUUUUGGUAAUAACCGUACACGUAAGGCACUUGGGUUAAAUUUAUUAUGUAAGCUUUCUUUCUUGUAACUAAAAAAACCCAAGUAAUUUGCAUUUUAAAUUUUGGAAGUUUGAUUAAUAGCAUGAAAAUUUCGAGCAAAACAUACUGGUGAAUAAGAGGUGGGAGUUCUGUUUUGUUUCCUAUUUCCAUUUUCUUUACAUUGUAUAGAUACGUAUCCUGCAGCCUUAACGCAGUAUCUCCAAUUUAUAAAAGUUGUAAGUAAGUGCUGUUUUUCUGUUUCCAGUCGACCCAACAAAACUUACUGUGUAUGAACUCAACAUAUCGAAGCGCGGAGAUCAGUUUAAUAUUGUGGUUGAGGCCGGCGCUCUUUUUCCAAUACCAGAAUGUACCCUGUAUGUGGAUGUAAGUAAUAUAAUAAGGAACUUGUAUGCAAAGUAAUAUCUUUAGUAUGAAUUAGUAUAGGUAUAUAAGAUGAGAGAGAGAGAGAGAGAAAGGAGAGAGCAAGAG